GCUGAGGGAAGGGGCCGCCUCAGCUCAGCUCAGCUCGGAUAUGGCGAAGAACACGGUGUCGUCGGCCCGGUUCCGCAAGGUGGACGUCGACGAGUACGACGAGAACAAGUUCGUGGACGAGGAGGACGGCGGCGACGGCCAGGCCGGGCCCGACGAGGCCGAGGUGGACUCCUGCCUGCGACAAGGGAACAUGACAGCUGCAUUGCAAGCAGCUCUGAAAAACCCUCCAAUCAAUACCAAGAGUCAGGCUGUUAAGGAUCGAGCAGGCAGCAUUGUCCUGAAGGUGCUCAUCUCUUUUAAAGCGAAUGAUAUUGAAAAGGCAGUUCAGUCUCUGGACAAGAAUGGAGUGGAUCUCUUAAUGAAAUACAUUUACAAGGGCUUCGAGAGUCCUUCGGAUAACAGCAGUGCUGUAUUAUUGCAGUGGCACGAAAAGGCCCUUGCUGCUGGAGGGGUGGGGUCCAUCGUUCGCGUCUUGACAGCCAGGAAAACAGUUUAGUCCAGCGGAGGUGGCUGCCCGGACAUGAGCAGAAGUCGCUGGUACAAAGACCAAAACCACCAAAUGCCACCGCUGCCCUGUGGGCCGCCGCUGUCUCUCUCAGCUUUGUCUUGCUUCUUCUUUCAUAUCUUAAAAAAGCAUAUCAGCUUUUCUUUAGGAAAAAUUGGGAUUGUAUAGGUGCAUUCUUUUAUUUAACAGGAGGUUUUUUUUUUUUGCUCUCAAAAAAGAAUUUUAGUGAUGUAUAAACUUGUUUGUACAGGAUGAUUUGCAUUCACUUGUAAUAUUGGCAGAUUUUUAACCCCUGUUGGCUGGAUCUUCCAAGCAGAUGCUGAAAUUUUAUUAGAACUUGAGGCAGCAUCUUAAUUCUUGCUAGUCAGACAGUGUUUCAUAUCAGAGAUGUAUUUUGAGAGACUGGCAGCUAUUAACAUUGCAAACUGGACCAUUUGUCUCCUGAUUGAGCAGAGGGGGCAGCAACUCCGGGGACACAUGGAAGAAACCUGUAUUUCAGCUCUGGUUUUGUUUGUAUCUUAGACUCUGUGCUGUGAGUUUUGUGUUUCUUCUCAGCCUCCACUGUUUUCCAAUUGGGGUUUUUUUUUUCUUUGUGUGGGUGGCUGUUCAGACUUCUGAGCAAGGGAUCAUGUUGUCUUCAAAAGUAAUUGUGAGCCCUCACAGCCCAACUGGCUUAGUUGUGAAAGAAUUGCCCCAGUGAAAUUGUCCCACUGUAGGAAGCUGUGAUCCUAAUGGAAAGGGUUGCAGGGAUUAUAGUGCAGUUCACACUUUGGACAGUACCUUAAAGGAAAUGGCUGUUCUCUCAACACAGCACGUUAGCUGCCUUUGAUAAUAUGAAAUGCACAACUGCUAUCUCACGUGCCGUAUAAGUGUCUCAGAUCAGUGUUCUCCAGGAAGUUGGAAUCCCGAAAAACUCAGUUCUUUUGGACCCAAACAGAAACACAUUCCUGGUGGUGUUUUGGUGCUUUUGGAAAUGGACCACAUGGUAAAAAUGUUUACUCUGUUGGACAACUGAAGUCACCUCACAAAAAUUGCAGGUACUUUUUAAAAGCUUAGUCAGAAGCCCUGUAGCAAACAAAGACAUGGGAUCACCCUGAGUGCGUAUAACCAAUAGAGGAAACCAGCCUGUAUUCCGUAUUUGCAUUCAACACCGGUUAAUUAAUAUAUUACCGUCUCACAUCAAAACUGGUGCAGAAAUUCAGAAGACUCUUGCUGUUUUUGAUACCUGCUUUUUUUGUAAAAAUGAAAAAAAAUCCAACAAAUAAAUUGUCAUUGUUGAAUAUUU